AGCUGUGUCUCCCUGAACCAAAGUGGCGAUGAUGACUCCACUGGCGGUCGUGUUAGCGGCGGCGGUGGUGGCGACGGCAGCCAUUCCUGCGCCUCUCCUGGACUCCAACGCGGCCCUGCAGGUACUGCAGCGGCUUGGUCUGCACCGCGGCGGCUCCAUCCCCACCGUGACCAAGGCGGAGAAGCUACGCGAGGGCGACUCCCCCAUCUACUACAUCAAGAUGCCGCCGCUGCCUUACUACUACGUCAACCACAACACCCUCACGCAGCACCACGCGCACCACCCCGACCCGGGAUUCCCCUUCAAGAAAGUUGACAUCAACUUCAUGAACAACGGCAAGCCAACGCAGGUGUACCACUGGCCGCAACACUCCACAGCGCCCACCUUCUGGAUGCCCCCCACCACCACUACGACCACCACCACCCCACGACCCACCACCACCACCACCACCACGCGCAGACCCACCAAGAGGCCCUGGGUGGCCCUCAACAAGUACUUCCCCUACAACGGGCGGCCCUCCAGCGUGUACGUCUACAAGCCACAGCGCCAGAUUAACAUGGACAGAUACAGGCAGCACUUCUUCAAGCAUUUCAACUAUUAGGUGCACUCCGCGGGAACCUCGUCAGUAGUGAAGUGCAGGAAAGCAAGGACAGUCUUUAUGUACAGACAAUGUAGAUACAAGCCAAUAAGGAGCGCCAUGCGGGAAGAGAGUGACGGAGAAUGAAAACUGUCUUAUCCUAAGGACUCUCGCUGGUUGAAGGGAGCCCGAGAAGAGAGGAACUAAGAAGGCGAUGAAUGCAAAGGGAUUUAGUAGAGAUUUAAAUACUACCUACAUCCUUGAUUACCCCGAACGACAGUGACCAUACACACACACACACACACACACACACACACACGUGCCACGGGUCUCACUGUCACCUGAAAGUAUUCUUGGAUCACCUCUCCCUAUUCAGGCACUCCAAGCCGCGUAUUAAAUUAUAGUAGUUUCCGGAUUAACCUGUUCUCUCCCUGCUGGGGGAAAGAUACAGAGGACGAGGAGGAGGAGGAAGGGGAGAGGGGGCGGUGGAGCAACACGCACGCCUCCACCUGUAGUCCUAUACACAGCGUGGCGACGGCGGCGGCAGGCUGAGGCGGCGUGCAAUACAGGUGUUGACUAUGAAGGGGAGCUUUGGUCACCCAUGGUGUGCUUACAUUAUGAGUACUACGGCUGUGCUUUUUAAUGUGAGAAAGACACUGGCCUAGGACAACAAAAAAGAAGAAAAAAAAAAAGUCCAUUGAGGUGACAGUCCCUUCUUAGUGUUUCAACGUUCAUCCAGUUGUAUUUUCUUAAUUGGAUACUCUGUAAAUUGCACUGAAUUUAUCGUUUUAUAUAAUACAAUGUGCGUAUGGUUAUGUUUGUGAUUAUGAAAGAUAACAGCCUCUCCACAAUCCUGACAUAUUUGUAAAUAAAGAAAUCAUUGUAACAAGCAGACGGCCACACGUGAACAAAAUGCAAGGCCAAACCUGAUGUACUGCAAGGAGGGAGGCUGCAGAUGAAGACUCCAAUAUUGUAUUAAUUAAUUCAAUUUUACUAUUUUAUUUAUUUAUUUCAAGGUCUGAAGUUGCAACCUAUGAUAUACGUAGUUUUGAUGUUUCGCACGUAACAUGUACCUCUGCUGGCUUUCUCGAGCCUCGAGUUGUUAUAUACGAGGUGCAUCAAGAUGGAAAACUAGUGCGUAAAGUAGGCAACCUGUCCCUACAGACCUCCUCUCUUCCAUUAGGCUAAUGAUGCUUAUGAUAAAGAAUAAACUCAAUUUGU